GAAUGUCCAAUUUUCAAAAAUAAAGGGAAUAAUAAUUCGAAGAGGAUUUGGAAAAGUUUAUCAUCUAUUUCACAGGGUUUGGAGUAAGAUUACUUUUUAAAUUAAGCCAUCCCAAAAAAAUUUUGAAAUAGCCCACAAAUAUGCAAGUUCAAAUUUGAAAUAUCACACAUUCUUGGAUCCUGAUGCUCAUCAAAUAGAAGCUAAAUUUUAAGAGUAUUAUAUUGACAUAUUGAUAAGCAUUUUAAUAAAACUGUAAGUCAUGAGCAGACCUGACACUGCUGAUUACUUAAAUACUCUAUUUUAAGAAUUAAAGAAAAGGAAAUUAAAAUAAGAUUACAAUGAUAUGCCUCAUCGCAUCUUGGGUUUAUUGUUACUUUUAAGUUCUAAUUUGAUUGAACACAACUUGAAUCGCGAGCCAAACAAAAAUAUUUUAAAGAGAAAGCAAUAAGACAACAUGUCAAUUUCAAGCAUAGAAGUAAAUAUAGCAUAUCGAUUUUGCAGUCAUUGAAGGAUUGGAAGUUUGAAACUUCUUCAGAAGAAGAGGAUGAAGAAGAGAAUAAGCAAGAAGAUAUUUAAGUUAAUUAAAGAAAUGAAACUACAAGAGAAGUCUAAUAGAAAGCCUAAUAGAAUUAAACUUUGAUCUCCUCAAAAGACUAAUUGCCCAAUGUGCUAUGGCAUAUGAGUUUUAAUACUAAAAAGUCUUUUAAUGAAUUUGUAAGUUCAACUGAUUCUUCCCUUCAAAUAAGAUCAUCACAACUAUUUUUAUCAGAGUAUUAAAAUAAAUCAUAAGAAAUUCUUAAAAAACCAAGGAUUAUAAAGUAACAUUUUUCUUUUUUAGAUUAGUAUGAUUACAAACGAAAAGGAUGUAGUUGUUGCAGUAUUAUAUAGUUUUUUGGGUUUGCAAAGUGAUCUAUUAACAUUCUCUUCAGGAUAAUAUUAAUUGACUGAUUUUGAUGUUCGUCACAUGAGUCAUGACAGUCUUCUUAGCAGCACUCAAAAGUUUUUAGAAUAUGCAACAAUUGUAUGUCAUUUAAAAAAACCAUUAAAUAUGAUUUAAAAACCAUCAUUAUUAAACAUUGAAAUAUUAAUACAGGAGUAAUUUUGGUUGGGCGUAAGAUCUAUACUAAGUGAAUUUGAUCAGGCAGUUACACAUCUAUUGGAAUAAUGUAUUUAUGAUGAAAAAUUGUGUUAACAAAAGGUAGAUAGAUCUAUUACUUUAAUGUAUCUAAGCCAGAGUUUAUAGGAUUGGUUUGUCAUUAUCAAAUAGAUCAAUCUUGUUGCUCAGAAGAUAUCAACAAUAGAAGGAAAUAAUGGAACAUUCAAUUCACCUACACUUACUAUCUUAUAUAACUUAUGCAUUUAAAAUUCGCUCCAACCUCAACAUAAUUAAGUUUAUCUUCAGAAACUAUUUUUAUUUGCUUUGGAACCAUACAUAAAACUGUUAGAUAAAUAUUUAGAUUAUAAUUCUACCAUUACAGAUUCUUUUGAAAAUCUUCCAGUCUUUUUGCAGAGUUGUUCUGUCUAAUUAAAAAAUAUAGGUCAAGCAUUUUAGAUCUUCUAAAAAGUUGGAUUGCCAGCUUUAAAGUAAAUUUAGUUUAGAAAGAAUCUUAUUAUGAGAUUAUGCGAAGUAUCUGAGACUUCUCCAACAAAAUCUAUAUAGACUACUCUAUAAUAUUGCACACUCUCAGGAGGCCAUAAGUUUCAUGAGCCUUUUACUUUAACUAAAUUAAAAAAGGAUGAGAUAUUAACUUAAGAAUAAGAAUCAUAUUCAAUCAAAGAUAUUAAGAAUCCUAAUUUAAUAAAAGUAUUUCAAAAAGAAAUAGUCAAACUCAUUAAAAAGGAAGAUUAAAAUAUUUAAAAUAUCCUAUUAGAUUAUCUUAAUAAUCAUUUGCAAUUCAUCAAAUUACAUAAAUAUUUAAGAUGUUUAUUUUUCUUUGAAAGAGUGGAUCUUAUGCAACAAUUUAUAGAAUAAAUUGCAGAAUCUCAGUCUCUGGCUCGCUUAAGAGCUAUCCAAAAUACUAUUUAAGAUUUAUUGAGUAGGAACUUUAAUUUUAAUAAUGCUUAUGAAUUACAACCAUAAUUGAUUUGUUAGUAAAAUUCCUAAUUUUUAUUGUCCCAUAAAAGUGUUAACUUCAAAAUCUUUCUACCUCAUCCAAUUGAUUUAAUCAUUAACGAAAAUUCAUUGAUUUUAUAUAAUAAAAUCAUGUAAUUCCUAUUAUUUUUCAAAAAUUCAAAGUUGCACCUGCAAUAAUCUCAAGUAAACUUAAAAAAAAGAUUUAAAAAUUAAUAAUCAAAGUUUCUUCACUUUGGAAAUUAACUAACACAUUUUAUAACCAAUUAUGAGUAUUUCCUAUUUAUAUCAAUUAUCCAAGUUUAAACAGACUUAUUUUUGGAUAAGGUGAACAAAAGUUUAAGUUUUUAAGAGAUAAUCAACAAUCAUAAUUUAUAUCUAAAAACAAUCUCUGAUAAGAUGUUUCUCAAUUAGAAGGUACAGUAUUUAAAUAAUUAUUAGUCAGAGUCAAUUUUAGAGGCUAUUUAUAAGGUCAUAGAUAUUGUCCAAAAUUACCCAAUGCUAAUUGAAAGAGUUACUUCAUUAGAUUUAAUAGAUUAAAUAACAAAAAACAUAGAAACUAUGAGGAUAGAGAGUGAAUUUACAAAAAUGAAAGAUUCCUUUAACUAAUAAAUAUCUGCGUUGAUUUUACUAUUUGAUCAUUAUACUUAAAGAUUUACCCAUGCACCUGAAAGUAAGUAUAUAGAAAUAUUAAUUUUAGUCAUCGAAUGUAUAUUGAAGGUUAAUUUUAAUUAAUUUUAUAAAUGA